AUGACUUCCCGGAUCCUCGAGAAGAAAGCACCUUUGUCCGGCGAGUCUUUGCCACCAGGAGAUUUGCCUUUCGACAUCACCUCCCACCCAUCUUGCGUCGGGAAUGAUCACGCCCAGCGUUCACUGAGCAGAUGGUCCGAGGAUAUGGCCUUCUUCAGAAGCCGCGCUGCGAGCACAAAGACUUUCUCGCUGAAGUUGAAGGCGAAUGGCCAAUGGCCUGCGCCUGUUGCAUUGGAGGAGCUGCACAGCAACCUGCUGGCACUGAAGGAAGCAGACGAAGCAAAGGUGUCCAAGUCCCUGGACUUGCUUCUGCAAGCUGCCGGUUCGGUAGAGGGAUCAAGUGAGGACCGCGUGCGUUUCUCGCUGCUGCGCUACUCUGGUCAAGAGCCUGAGGCCUUCGAUGGCACGCACUGUCAUGCGUGGUUCUCUCUGGUAGACGACACAGCUUGUACUGAUAGUGAAGCAAGCAUAGCGUGCCAGCGAUCUAGAGCGGCUGCGGUAGCAUCUGGAGCCGUGCUUGGACUAGCGAUGGUACUUGUCGCAUUGUCUGGUUUAGUUUGUCUCGCCACGCCUCGAUCCAGCUGCGCCGAAGCCAUGUCCGCCGAAAAGGACGUGAAGGAGGUUGAGGAAGGACCGAAGGAGUCGUUCGGUGGCUGCGACUCGUGCUCCGGCGUCAGCUGCACCCCCGACGGCCUCAUCGGCUUGAACACCUAUGACUGGAAGUACCUCUGCAUCCCGUCGCUGCCUUGCUUCGGGCCAGCGAAGUCCCCGCCGCUUCUGAAGCCGGAUUCGAAGCUGCCCUUGAUGCUGUCCCUGAUCAUGGGGCUUCAGCACGCCCUGGCCAUGCUGGGAGGUAUCAUCACCCCACCGUCGUUGAUCUCCGGCGAUGCGUGCUUUGCAUGGCAGCUGGACCAGGAGCUCUGCGACUCCAAGCAGUACAUGAUCUCCGCAGCGUUGAUCUGCUCGGGGCUGCUGUCCUUGGUGCAGAUCCUUCGCUGGAAGCUGAUCGGAGGCUACACUUUGGGAACCGGCCUGAUCUCCGUGAUCGGCACGUCCUUCACCUUCCUGCCCAUCGCACGAGAGGUCGUGGUUUCCGAAAUCCAGGCUGGGCGCAGCGGCAUGGAUGCCUACGGCAAAUUCCUGGGAACCUGCUUGGCGGCCUCCGUGACAGAGCUCUUCAUCUCUUUCGUGCCGCCCCGCUACCUCAAGAAGAUCUUCCCACCUGUGGUCAGCGGCACCUGCGUCUGCCUCAUCGGCGCCGGCCUCUCGGUCGCUGGCCUUAAGUACUGGGGCGGCGGGGUCUUCUGCGCGGAGAACGACAUGUCCCGUUCCGCGGCCUUCGGGCAGGAACCGAUACCCAUGGCCCGGAAAAUCAAGGUGUGCACCGGCAACGGCGACGUGGCGUUGCCCUAUGGAGACGUGCACUACUUCGGCCUGGGUCUGAGCGUGAUGAUCUUCUUGGUCUUCAUCCAGGCGGUGGGUUCUCCCUUCAUGAAGAACUGCUCCGUCGCCCUGGCGCUGUUCUUCGGCUUCUUCGUGGCGGGUGUCUCCUCCUACACCGCAGAGGAUGGCACCUCUCUGCCGUAUGUCAACGGCGACAAGAUCGAGCAAGCCGGCGUCUUCACCUUCCUCUGGACGACCACCUUCAACAUCGGCUUCUACCCUCCAGCUUUCAUCCCUCUGCUGCUGGGCUUCGUGAUCACGGCGGUGGAGACGGUCGGAGACAUUCAGGCCUCGUGCGAUGUCAGCGGCCUGCCCAUCGAGGGCCCAGAUGCCGACUCCCGCAUCCAGGGCGGCCUGCUUGCCGACGGCGUAAACAGCUUCCUGGCCUGCCUGAUGACCUGCCUCUCGGACGCCAAAGUUGCAGGGGAAGUGGACAAUGGCCCACCCAACACGACCUUCUCCCAGAACAACGGCGUGAUCGCCAUCACGCGCUGCGCUUCCCGGGCCGCCGGCAUCGCCUGCUGCUUUUGGCUCAUCCUGCUGGGCUGCUUCGAGCGACUCGGCGCUGCAGCGUUGCAGUUCCGCACAGCUAGGAAGUUUGGUGCCGCCAUCGCCUCCAUUCCGGAUGCUGUACUGGGCGGCAUGACCACCUUCCUGUUUGCCAACGUGCUCGUCUCGGGCAUCAACAUCGUGGGUGGCAGCGGACAGAUGGGUCGGCGCACCCGCUUCAUCCUCGCCGUCUCCCUCGGUGUGUCCAGGUUGCAGUUGGCGCAAGAGGUGCAGGCCUACAGUCCACCUUUGAACGCACUGCAGGUCGGCGUUGGAGUCGCGGCCCUGCCCAACUGGGCCGAAGGCGGUGGUCUUGCUGGCUUCCACGGCGGUAACCUCAAGCACAACAUCGGCCUCUGGCCGGCCAAGGACGUGUGCAAGGUCUUCCCGACCGAGGAGUACGAAUCCCAGGCGUCCCAGUGCACUGUUGGGGCCUACACCGCCAGCUCCAUCAGUCAGAUCGACUGCACUGGCAUGGGUGGCACUUACACGGCCCCUGUCAUGGCCACUCGCACCGUGACUACCUGCAUCGGAAUGAACGGAAACUGCUGCGUGCAGUACGAUGACAGCAAGAAGAUGUGGCGCGACUCCCUCAUCAUCAUCAUGAAGACGCCCUACUGCAUCGGCACGCUGCUGGCUCUGUUCCUGCACUUGCUGCUUCCCUUCGAGAUGGAAGAAGAGGAGGUGGGCGAGAACUUGAAGGAUGGCGGCCAGAUUAAUACUUCAUCCACGGAGGAUCUUUGCCAGAGCUGCGUGCGAUUCUUGAUCGCAAUGUCAGUGAGUCCAGUGUACGCGCUUGAAGAGAGCUUGGAAUGCGCUGAGUGGCGCUGCGGUGGUCAGCUCAUCCUUGGGGACGUGAAGGAGGUUGAGGAAGGACCGAAGGAGUCGUGUCUCGCCGGCAGGUUCGGUGGCUGCGACUCGUGCUCCGGCGUCAGCUGCACCCCCGACGGCCUCAUCGGCUUGAACACCUAUGACUGGAAGUACCUCUGCAUCCCGUCGCUGCCUUGCUUCGGGCCAGCGAAGUCCCCGCCGCUUCUGAAGCCGGAUUCGAAGCUGCCCUUGAUGCUGUCCCUGAUCAUGGGGCUUCAGCACGCCCUGGCCAUGCUGGGAGGUAUCAUCACCCCACCGUCGUUGAUCUCCGGCGAUGCGUACAUGAUCUCCGCAGCGUUGAUCUGCUCGGGGCUGCUGUCCUUGGUGCAGAUCCUUCGCUGGAAGCUGAUCGGAGGCUACACUUUGGGAACCGGCCUGAUCUCCGUGAUCGGCACGUCCUUCACCUUCCUGCCCAUCGCACGAGAGGUCGUGGUUUCCGAAAUCCAGGCUGGGCGCAGCGGCAUGGAUGCCUACGGCAAAUUCCUGGGAACCUGCUUGGCGGCCUCCGUGACAGAGCUCUUCAUCUCUUUCGUGCCGCCCCGCUACCUCAAGAAGAUCUUCCCACCUGUGGUCAGCGGCACCUGCGUCUGCCUCAUCGGCGCCGGCCUCUCGGUCGCUGGCCUUAAGUACUGGGGCGGCGGGGUCUUCUGCGCGGAGAACGACAUGUCCCGUUCCGCGGCCUUCGGCGCACCCCAGGUGUGCACCGGCAACGGCGACGUGGCGUUGCCCUAUGGAGACGUGCACUACUUCGGCCUGGGUCUGAGCGUGAUGAUCUUCUUGGUCUUCAUCCAGGCGGUGGGUUCUCCCUUCAUGAAGAACUGCUCCGUCGCCCUGGCGCUGUUCUUCGGCUUCUUCGUGGCGGGUGUCUCCUCCUACACCGCAGAGGAUGGCACCUCUCUGCCGUAUGUCAACGGCGACAAGAUCGAGCAAGCCGGCGUCUUCACCUUCCUCUGGACGACCACCUUCAACAUCGGCUUCUACCCUCCAGCUUUCAUCCCUCUGCUGCUGGGCUUCGUGAUCACGGCGGUGGAGACGGUCGGUGACAUUCAGGCCUCGUGCGAUGUCAGCGGCCUGCCCAUCGAGGGCCCAGAUGCCGACUCCCGCAUCCAGGGCGGCCUGCUUGCCGACGGCGUGAACAGCUUCCUGGCCUGCCUGAUGACCUGCCUCUCGGACGCCAAAGUUGCAGGGGAAGUGGACAAUGGCCCACCCAACACGACCUUCUCCCAGAACAACGGCGUGAUCGCCAUCACGCGCUGCGCUUCCCGGGCCGCUGGCAUCGCCUGCUGCUUCUGGCUCAUCCUGCUGGGCUGCUUCGAGAAGUUUGGUGCCGCCAUCGCCUCCAUUCCGGAUGCUGUGCUGGGCGGCAUGACCACCUUCCUGUUUGCCAACGUGCUCGUCUCGGGCAUCAACAUCGUGGGCGGCAGCGGACAGAUGGGUCGGCGCACCCGCUUCAUCCUCGCCGUCUCCCUCGGCGUGUCCAGGUUGCAGUUGGCUUUCCGAGGAAGUGCAGAAUUGCAGAGAUCGUUCAAAGGUCCACCUUUGAACGCACUGCAGGUCGGCGUUGGAGUCGCGGCCCUGCCCAACUGGGCCGAAGGCGGUGGUCUUGCUGGCUUCCACGGCGGUAACCUCAAGCACAACAUCGGCCUCUGGCCGGCCAAGGACGUGUGCAAGGUCUUCCCGACCGAGGAGUACGAAUCCCAAGCGUCCCAGUGCACUGUUGGGGCCUACACCGCCAGCUCCAUCAGUCAGAUCGACUGCACUGGCAUGGGUGGCACUUACACGGCCCCUGUCAUGGCCACUCGCACCGUGACUACCUGCAUCGGAAUGAACGGGAACUGCUGCGUGCAGUACGAUGACAGCAAGAAGAUGUGGCGCGACUCCCUCAUCAUCAUCAUGAAGACGCCCUACUGUAUCGGCACGCUGCUGGCUCUGUUCCUGCACUUGCUGCUUCCCUUCGAGAUGGAAGAAGAGGAGGUUGGCGAGAACUUGAAGGAGAGUGGCGAAGCAAACAUGUGA